UAUACAUAUGGAAAGGUAUUUAGAACUUACAUAUUUAGCAAAGAGUAGUGAUAUCACCUAUCAGGGAUAUCAAGGAUUUCAAACAAUCCACAGGCUCGACUCGUUUGUUACACACGUCACAUAUGUAUGCUGGAAAAUGAAUACAUCCUUCGCGACUCCGAAUACCGUGUAUAAAAGGCAAUCAUAAAAGCCCUUUAGUGAAGUCUAUAAAAGGUCCUAGUUGGGCGAAUCAGCAAGGCAUUUCCCUAAAGUAGACAGACACCCAAGCUGGAGGCAAUGUUUGAAGACAUCCAAUUGAUCUGCAUGAGCGUCAGGAUAUUGCGAUUCUGGGCGCUGCUCUACGACCAAAAUGUGAAGCGGUACGUCUGCCUCGGUCUGGCGUCUUUCCACAUCUUCACGCAGGUGGUGUAUAUGCUGACCACCGACGAGGGAAUCACUGGCAUCAUACGCAACGGCUACAUGUUGGUCCUGUGGAUAAAUACGGUGCUAAGGGCCUACCUACUGAUGCAGGAUCAGGCUGGCUAUGUGGAAUUGAUCCAGAGCCUGACAAGUGCCUACUAUGAUCUGGCGAGUGACAACGACUCGUACAUAUGCGGUUUACUGGAUGAUUUGAAUCGACAGGGUAUGUUUAUGGCCAGGGGAAAUCUGUUCUUUGGCCUGCUCACCUGCAUGGGCUUCGGCCUCUACCCCCUAAGCUCCAGCGAAAGAGUGCUCCCUUUUGGCAGUCGGAUCCCUGGUCUCGAUGAGUAUGCGACCCCCUACUACCAGCUGUGGUAUGUCUUUCAGAUGCUCAUCACACCCAUGGGCUGUUGCAUGUAUAUUCCCUACACGAGCCUGAUUGUGGCCUUCAUCAUGUUCGGCAUUGUCCGGUGCAAGGCUCUGCAGCACCGCCUGCGCCUCCUGGCCGUCCGUCAUCCGGCAGGGCAUCGCAAUUCAAGGUGCCUAUCUGCCGAGAUAGCCGAUUGCAUUCGCAGUCAGCAGAGCAUUAUUGAGUAUGUGGACAAAAUCAAUCUCCUGACCACCAUGAUUUUCCUCUUUGAGCUGCUGGCAUUUUCCGCUUUACUUUGUGCGCUUCUCUUCAUGCUAAUCAUUGUCGACUCCAGCAGCCAAUUGAUUAUUGUCUGUCUCUACAUCAACAUGAUACUGGCCCAAAUCCUGGCUCUGUACUGGUACGCAAACGAGUUGAGGGAACAGAAUCUGGCCGUGGCCGAGGCCGCUUACGAAACCGAGUGGUUCACCUUCGACAUUCCCCUGCAGAAGAAUAUUCUGUUCAUGAUGAUGAGGGCACAGCGUCCGGCUUCUAUAAUGUUGGGAAACGUUCGUCCCAUUACCUUGGAACUGUUCCAGAAUCUACUCAAUACAACUUACACAUUUUUUACGGUCCUUAAACGGGUCUAUGGUUAAACUAUAGCAUAUAGUUCACAAAUGGCACAUAUGGCACACAUACACACAUACAUAUGUGUAUAGGAUCUCACUUGAAUGUUUAAUUCCGUUCACAAUUGAGCACCAAAUUUCACAACUGAAUGAAUCAAGUUAACAACAAAUAAAUGGUUUUUUAUAUACAUAUGUGCAUAUGUAUAUAUUAGU